AUGGGAUCAUAGAAAUUAUCUAAUCAAUAAUUAUUUGAAUUCUAUUUAUCUGUCGGUAUAACAAAUUUAAAUGGAUUAUAUUUUGUACCUAAACAAAUUAUGAAAAGUAGAUAAGAAGUAAUAACAGAUCUAAUUAUUAACAAUCCAAAUCAUAAAAAUAAUCUAUACAAUAAAGAUAUAAGUUUUAAUGUUUUAUUUUCAAAAUUAUCAAUUAAAAACAUAAUUAAAGUGGUGUAAUCAAUAAUACUUGAAAAAUAAAUUAUCUUAUUCACUACUUAGGUUUGGGAAUUAGCAACUAUUACUGAAGCAUUUCUAUAAUUUAUUUAUCCUCUUUAAUGGAGAUGCAUUUAUAUACCAUAUCUACCAGCAGAAAUACUUGAUACUCUUUAUAUUUCUGUGCCUUAUAUUAUUGGAGUACAUUUGAAUCUUAAGGAAAGAGUUUUAACAUAAUAUGAUUGUCUAGAUAAGAUUCUAGUUGAUUUAGAUUAAGAUAGAGUUAUUGGAUGUAAUUUAGUAUUUAUAGAUAUUAUAUUAUUAUUAGAUACUACCAUUUCCAGAACAACUUGUAGAUAAUAAAUGA